GCCAAAACUCACAAACUUGCACGUUUCCCACGGGCUUUCUGCAAAUGCAAUUUGGCUUAUAACCCUCAGUUGAUCUAACGUCCCUCGACAUAUCAUCACUGUAUUUUCGGGCAUAUCCUAUUUACCAAAUAACAACCUCACUAUGGCAAAAGUAGCAGUUCUCGGAGCAGCUGGUGGCAUUGGCCAGCCCUUGUCCCUGCUUCUUAAAGCGAACCCGCUCGUCACCGAACUCUCCCUCUAUGAUGUCGCUCCUUCCGUAGUCGGUGUCGCUGCAGAUCUGUCCCACAUUAGCACUCCUGCUAAGACAACGGCGUACAAGACAAAUGAGGACUUGGAGGCAGCUCUUACCGGAGCUCACGUUGUCGUCAUUCCCGCUGGAAUCCCCCGCAAGCCCGGCAUGACCCGUGAUGAUCUCUUCAAGAUCAACGCCGGAAUUGUCAAGACCUUGGCCACCGCCGCUGCUAAGUACUGCCCCAAGGCAUUCAUUGCCGUCAUCUCCAACCCCGUCAACUCGACUGUGCCCAUUGCGGCGGAGGUUUUCAAGCAACACAACGUCUACGACCCCAAGAGGAUCUUCGGUGUUACAACGUUGGACAUCACCCGUGCCAACACCUUCGUUGGACAAGUAAAAAACGCCGACCCUCAGAGCAUCGCCGUGCCGGUCAUUGGCGGACACUCUGGUGUCACCAUCAUCCCCAUUCUCUCUGCGUCUGGCCACACCUUCUCCGACUCUGAGCGUGACGCUCUCACGCAACGCAUCCAGUACGGCGGCGAUGAGGUCGUCAAGGCCAAGGAUGGAGCCGGCUCUGCUACCCUCUCCAUGGCAUACGCCGGCGCGCGGUUCGUCAACUCCCUCCUUGAGGCCAGUGUCGGAAAAAAGUCUGGUGUUAAGGAAUGCACGUUCGUUGCGAGCUCUGAGGUUCCGGGUUUGGAAUACUUCUCGACGGUCGUUGAGCUUGGGCCCGAAGGAGUCUCCAAGAUCCACCCCGUCCCCGCACUCAACGACUUUGAGAAGAAGCUACUCGACGCCGCCAUCCCGGAACUGAAGUCCAACAUCGCAAAGGGAGUCGAGUUUGCCAAGGCAUCAUCUGCGUGAGUUUUUCGUAACAAAGCGAGAAAAUUAGAUGUCCUUUGUGCUGAUUGCGUCUCUUUUCGGCGUAGUUAAGUUCGGCAUCGCAUUUAUGAUCUGAGGGGGUUGCAAAAGAUACGCUGUGACAAAUAUCCAGACGCGACUGUGACUCUGAGAGUGUAGAAUUUCGUCGUAGCGUAGGACAUGCAUUGCGGUAUAUACAGUAGGUACAAUGGAAAAAAAUGAUACGGUCUCCAAAGCGGCAGUUAGUGUACUACGUUCACAUCCACAUAUAUACAACUUGGAGAAAUGA